AUGGCGUCUUGCGCGCAACACCAACUUCUCUCGUCCUCCGCGUCUUUCAGAGGCCGCGUCGGGAAGACCUCCUCUUCUGCCUCGUCCUCGUGCUCGACUUCUUUUUCUUCGCCUUCGUCGAGAGGAGAAAGAAGAAGAGGAAGAAGAGCGGCGAUUUCCUAUGCCGAAUCAUCAUCAUCAUCGUCGAGCAAAAACACCGGAGGAGGCAUCGGGUUGAAAACGAAAUCGGACAUCUCAAAUAUAUUCGACGAGGCAAAAGUCGCGACGGAAACGACGUUUUGGGGGAAACUCUCCGCGGCGUACCGGAUUUUUUUCCCCCCGUCCGAGGCGGACACGGCCCGGGCGGAAGCGAAGAAACGUUUACGGAUGAUCUUAGUCGCCGAUCGAUGCACGAUGAGCGAUCAAAGCAUGGAAGAGAUGAAACAGAAGAUCAUCGACGUGGUGGAGCAAUACGUGGAGGUGGACGAGGACGUUCCGGUGGACGUGAAAGUGAAAGACGACGUGAAGUUUGGGACCGUGUACGGCAUCACGGUGCCGGUGUCGAAAGUGAAAGCGGAGUUUGAUGCGGAGAACGAAGCGUACAUGAUUGGCGCGCAGUUCGUCUACGACGACGAGACGUGGGAGGAGUUGAAACAAGAAACGGAGGAAGAGGAAGAGGAGGAAGAUUGA